AGCGCCCCCUGGUGAAUAGGGCGGCUCGCGCAGCUCUGAAACUCUUAGUGCUCCUGUUCGCCAUUUUGAUUGAAGAAUAUGAGUUUUCUCGCCUGCAUGUGAGGGUCGGAGUCCGUCCAUAGUUUUGUGAUUUGUUUUAGUCAGGAGUGUAAUAGAGUGUCAUGUCUCUUGCCUGGGAGAGAUAGCUUAGCUUAGCGGAGUUAGUGCCAGUGAGCUGCUGCUUUAUAGCUUCACCAGCAAAACAGAUCCUGAGUGUGAGUGUGUGUGUGUGUGUGAGCAGUUAAACUCCGCGCUGAGACUGAGUGUCCUUCUGAGGUAUUUGUGUUCUGAGGAGGCUCUGGUGGGAAGCGGACUCCAUGCUGAUUAAUGCUAGUUCGCUCCAUGCUCUCUGCAGUCUGCCACUCCAAUGCCUGUCUACUUGUGGGGAAGGUGUAAUUAAGGAUUCACUCAUUUCAUCUGCUGCUGCCUACGCUCUUUAUCCAGGCACGUGCUUCCUCUUGCAGCCGUUGCCAUGUUCUGGAAGUUCGACCUCCACACCACCUCCCACAUCGACCAGCUGCUUGACCGGGAGGAUGUAACUCUGAAGGAGCUGAUGGAGGAGGAAGACCUGUUGCAGGAGUGCAAGGCACAGAACCACCGACUCCUGCUCUUUCUCUCACAGGACCACUGCAUGCAUGAGCUGGUCAGCCUGAUCACAGAGGAACCCUCUUCUGACCUGGAGGAGAAAACACGGUUCAAACUUCCGAAUAUUGCCUGCGAUCUCCUCACCUCUGAUGUGACCGCCAUUAAUGACAAGCUGGGUGGAGAUGUAUCUCUGCUGGAGAAACUCUACAGCUUUCUAGAACAGGAUCCACCUCUCAACCCCCUGCUGGCCUCCUUCUUCAGCAAGACCAUCGGUAACCUGAUAGCACGCAAGACAGAGCAGAUGAUCUCGUUCCUGAGGAAAAAACACAACUUUAUCAGCCUGGUGUUGAACCACAUAGAUGUGUCCCCCAUGAUGGAUCUGCUCCUGCGUCUCAUCAGCUGUGUGGAACCAGCUCCCCUCAGACAGGAAGUUCUCAAUUGGCUGAAUGAGGAACGACUGAUUCAGAGGCUGACUGAGCUCAUGCACACGGGGAGAGAUGAGGAGAGACAAUCAAAUGCGUCCCAGACUCUGUGUGACAUCAUUCGUCUAAGUCGAGAUCAGGCCAAUCAGAUCCCAGAGGCUGUGGAACCAGACCCGUUACUGGCAGUCCUGGAGUCGGAAGAGAAUGUGGCACAGCUUUUAAAGAGCAUGUUUGAGAAGAUGACCAGUGAAGCCUCUGUUGUCAAUGGAACUCAAGUGCUUCUGACAUUACUGGAGUCAAGGAGGACAGGGCUGGAGGGUCUAAUGGAGCUGUAUUCUCAGGGAUGUGAAAGGUCUUACACUGUCAACAGCAGUAUUCUACGUACUAUUGAGCCUCAUCUAAAGGACUUCCAACAACUUCUCCUGGACCCUCCUAAGAAAAGUGCAAUACUCACAACUGUUGGUGUUCUGGAGCAGCCGCUGGGGAACGCACGCCUUCAUGUGGCCAGGCUGGUGGCUGCUCUGCUGCAGACAAGCGACAGCAGCAUCUGCCAAGAGCUCUGCAGGCUUAACACCAUGGACCUUCUGCUGGAUUUAUUCUUUAAAUACACCUGGAAUAACUUCUUGCACUUUCAAGUAGAGAUGUGUGUGACAUCGAUUCUGAACCACUCAGCUCAAAUGGGUCUGCAUGCUUCGAUUCUCCAGAACCACGAAGAGAAGCCUGAAUCGGACGACCAGAAUAGCAGCACAGACGCACCGCAUGCACCCACCCGUGCUGCCCUGGUGGCCAAUCUCUUCCAACAGUGUCGCUUGGUGCAAAGGAUUCUGGACGCCUGGGAGGAGAAUGACCGAAUUCAAGCUGAGGGUGGGACCAGGAGAGGUAACAUGGGUCAUCUGACUAGAAUCGCCAACACUGUGGUUCAGAACCUGGAGAAAGGACAUGUCCAGUCUCAGAUUAGUGAUCUCAUCAAAGAGCUCCCUGAGGACUGCAGAGGGCGGUGGGAGAGUUUUGUGGGAGAAACCCUUAGAGAAACAAACAGGAGAAACACAGUAGACUUGGUCAGCACACAUAACCUGCAUUCUUCUAGUGAAGAUGAUGACAUGGAGAGCCCUUUCCCCAAUGAUCUGUCUAUCCAACAGGCAUUCUCUGAUUAUCAGAUUCAGCAGAUGACUGCUAACUUUGUAGAUCAGUUUGGCUUCAAUGAUGAGGAGUUCAGUGAACAUGAUGAAAAUAUCAAUGCUACUUUUGAUCGAAUUGCUGAGAUUAACUUCAGUAUUGAUGCAGAUGAUAAUAGUGCCAGUGCUGCUGCCUUUGAGGCUUGCUGUAAAGAGAGAAUACAGCAGUUUGAUGACUGUGAAGAGGAAGAAGACAUUUGGGAGGAUAAAGAGAUCAGCUAUGCAACUCAAGUGAAAUCCCGAUCUAGGUUUGGUGUGUCUUUAUCUUCAGGAAGCUCACCUAAAGGUUCUGUGAGGAAUGGGAAGCAGGGCCGCGGGGCGGCCAAAGAGGAAGAAGAUGAGGAAGUGGAGAGUCAGGUCUCUACUCAAGCAGCAACCAGCACAAAAUACCCCACACCACAGACUCCACAGAGUCCUGUGUGCACAGCUGAUUUCGAUGAUGCGAAGGACACUGCCUGGGGCUCUGCCUCCAACCAGGCCAACAAGGAGCAUCAGGGUACAGGAUGGGCCAAUUUCACAGAGUUUCAGCCUUUCUGCAGCAGCUCCAGUAACUCAGAGAACCAGUCAGAAAAGAAAGGCCAGAAGGCCCCUCUGCUCGUCUCCGACUGCAGCUCUUCUGGAGGCUCUGACAGCGAAGAGGACGUGGGAAAGGACAAGACUGAGGAUGCACCCAAAACAGCAGACAACCAAAAAGCAGCAGCAGCUCAGACGUCCAGUGGUACACCUGAUGAGGCAUUGGAGAAGCUCACUAUUACAGACGCAGCAGCGCCUUCAGAGUCCCAGACACCCACACCCGAUUCAGAAAACACCACUGUGACAGACAAGAGACUUGAUGCACCCUCUGAAACCACACCCAAUGGACCGAUCUGAAGACUUUUAAAGUGAAGCCAGACAAAAAACCCAUUUGAACCCACUUUUUGCCACUUCUGUUCUAACUCUGAAAAACAAUACCACUUUUGGUGUUAAAGAAAAAUGCUGCCAAGUUGUUGAACAUGGAUUCUACCAAUCAGCAUGCACCACUGAAGGAAGAGGGAUGUGUAGCACACACCCAGUAACCAGAACAGUGCUCACAGGGGCUUUUAUUUCUUUCAACUUUGUAUGAAAUUUGCAGUUUUUAAUGUAGCAGUUAUGGGUUUAUUUUUUUCAGUUACAAGAUCAUUAAGCAUUCUAUUUUUCUUUGUUUAAUUUCCCAUCUUUUAAUUCAUUAUUUACAUCCAGCCCAACCACAGUAACAGAGAUAUGAAGGGCGUUGUAGGAAAGCACAGGAUACUGAAUCAUUAUAUAAUGAUGCCUCACCCUUGAUUUCACUUAAAUUAAAUUGUCGUUAAUAUGCACUUAUGCAAGCCUCCAAUGUGUAUUUAAACACAUCACACAGAUUGUUACAGAUAGUUUUGUGACAUCUGUAGUAACUUUCCUACACCUCUCCUACACAGUAAAACUCACGCAUGUAAAUUAAUCCCAUGCAACUAGGGCUAUAGUGUCACUUCUCAUGUGCAAUAAUAAAAUUUUAGCUCUAGAAUUUCAAACCACACUGUUAGCACUGAUAGUGAGGUGUACUUUUUCAGGUUCUGAUCUUUUUGCAGAGCAUUAUAAAUUGUGUAUACAAAAGCAUAUAGUUUCUGGUCAGCCUUCUUCGUUGGGCUUCUGACUAUACAGAAUUUUGUCCUUUUUUCUCUCUUUUCAAAUCAACAAAUUUCAAAGUGUAUCUGUUUGUAUUUUCUAACAUACUGCUUUACCUAAAUAUUUGUGUUCCCUGAAAAAAACAUUUUUAA